UGUAACACGACAAGAACAGCAAAACAUACAAGUUGGUUACUGAUAGUAAGACUGAAGGUAGAAACAGGGAAGGACAUCAACAAAUCCAAGCGAAAUAAUACACCAUGGCUAGGAUGCUGGACUGAACCAUUAUCAACAAAAUCUAUCACAGAAAAAAAAGAUUAUGACAGGAUUAAGAAGAAAACAAACACACUCGUGUUUGGAUACAAAAAUCUGAUCUUGGCAUGAUGUCGAAUUCAACUAAUGCAACAGGUCUGUGUGAUUCAAAUGACAGGUUAUGCAUAAUACAGGUAUACCAAGUGGAACUCAUAGUGAUUCCAGUGCUGCUGCUUGCAUCAUCCCUCUGUAUGCUGAUAAGUAUAUGUUGUCUGAAGCUGUGCCAUAGCACGGAUAUCACACAAAAUAAUUACCAAAAACAACGCUACAGUAACAGGAGGCGACAUCUACAGGGCAUUGAUGCACCUCCAGAGCUGAACCCCCUGGACCAUGAAGUCGUACCUAUGACAGUCCAAACCCAGAAGCACAAGCCCAACAGACAGCCUGCAGAUCCGCAGUUAUCCAUUGAGAGGCAGGAUAGUUCUUUCAAGCACAUCACCCCACUGUCCCUGUCUUUCACAUUAAAACCAGACAACACAAUGUCUCUCUACCAGGCCACUAUGGACCGGAAUCCUGUUGUGUUACGAGUGCUCAAUGAAUCAGCUGAUUCCAGGGAGCGUCAGGUCUUCCUGGGUUUUGCCCAUUUCCUCUCAUAUCUGGGGCCCCAUCCAUGUCUGCCCAGACUACUAGGGGUGGUGAGAGACAAGGAACCCCUGCUUAUGAUACUGGAGGGGCUGGAGAACAGAGAUCUUCUAGGAUUCUUAUGGAGAUGUAGAACGGGCCACGCAGGUCAGGAGGCACCAUGCAUUAUUACAGAAAGAGUGCUUUUCUCAAUGGCAAGACAGAUCGCCUCUGCUCUGGAACAUCUACACAGUAAGGACUGCAUUCAUGGCAACGUCGGGGCGCGAAGUGUCUUGGUUGGUCGAGAUCUCUCUGUAAAGCUCUGGGGAAUGGGCCCAGCUUUUCGUAGGAAGAUGAAGGUGGGGACUUCAGUGGAGAUGAAGGAAAUCGAGAUGAGGAAGUGGCAAGCUCCAGAGGUGUUAGCCCAUCGAGCUGUCAGUCAAAGCAGUGAUGUAUGGUCAUUUGGUAUCCUGCUCUAUGAAAUGGUAACAUUAGGAGAACCUCCCUUCCCUAAAGUAAUGCCUAGUGAACUCCUGCAGUAUUUACAGAGAGGGAAAAGCAUAAAGAGGCCAAGCAACUGUUCCAACUCACUAUACUCCAUUAUUAUGGCAUGUUGUAAGUGGAAGCCAGAAGACCGAGCUUCACUGAAGGAGGUGAUUUCGAUGCUCCGGAUGGCUGAGAGCCGCGCCAGUGACACAAUGAUACUUCAAGCCCCUGAGCCACUGGACAUUGAGAAGUACAUGCAGGAAGUGGGCUAUGGAGAGACUUACAAUUUUGCUGUCCUUUAACAGGAUCAUUUUGACAGUAUGGUGAUCUUCACAUGAAUGAAACUAGUUUGAUGCCUUUCUAAGACUAAGCAAUAUACAGCUGCAACAAAACAAAAUUGGGGGCAGCAUCUAAUACUCAACAGAAAAAGAAAAAACCCAGGGGUAUUAUAUUCUUCCCCUGACAGGUGCACAGAUAAAGGGAUACUAUUAUCUCCUGACUGCUGUUAUUAAUAAUGUUAUGCCUCUGCAACUUUGAGACUGUGGUGAAGACGCCGCGUUUACUGGUUGCCCGUCUGUGCAUCCGUCUGCCUGUCCGAGAUCUCAGUGUAAAUUUAAUGCAUAGAGCAGCAAAUGAUCUGAGUGAUCGAAACAGGGUCAAGGUAACACCAAGGUCACAUGUCGAUACAGAGACACUUAUUAGUAAUUAGGAAUUUUUUCAACCGGGAAAGUUUGUGAACUCUAUAGAUAAAUAAUAAAAAAAAAAGCAAUGGCUACCAUGUGGGAUGUGGUAGCCUAGUGGUUAAAGUGUUGGACUACUGAUCGAACCCCAAAUCCAUCGAGCGGCCACUGGUGGGCCCAUAGACCCCUAAAAAUGAGAUAAGGGGGCUGAAGGUCACUGUUACCAUAGAAACAGACAUAAAUAAGGAUGGCAACCUGAAAAUUUAUUUGAAGUAAUUUAUGUUAAAAGAAAGAUGAUAUA